AUGAAUAGAAAUAAUUAUAUGGUAUGUCUCUUCAGCGACAUCAAAGGAGCCUACGAUAAUGUAGUCCCAGGAAUAUUAUAUGACACCUUAGACAAAAUUGGAUUACCAAAGAAAUUUGUUAGAGCGAUAACAACCACAGUGUUUGAAAGAGAUGUAUACUACAAAAUAAAUAAUCAAAUGAUUGGUCCACGAAAAAUGUAUAAAGGUCUUCCCCAAGGGGGCAUAUUAAGCCCGAUUUUAUAUGCAUUAUAUGUGCGGGAUAUUGAACAUAUUUGGGAACAAGGAACAAAAAUUCUACAAUAUGCUGACGAUGUUUUAAUAUAUAUUGAAAAAACCAGCCUGCAAGAUGCAAUAGACACUAUGUCUCGAAACAUUGAAAACUUUGACAAAUGGCUGGUAUCAAAAGGCCUAGAGUUGUCGAGUGAAAAGAGUUCAAUAGAACAUAUAGAAAAAAAAGUGGAAAAAAAUAUAAACAUCUUACGAAUGCUUAAUGGUACGUGGUGGGGUUCCCAUCCCAUAUCGGCACUGAAACUUUACAAAACAUUAUUCAGGCCUAUAUUUGACUACGGUUGCUUAGUAUGGAAUAACAGUAAGACUUGCAAGAAAUUGGAUAAAUUACAAUACAGGUGUCUGAGAAUAUGUAUGGGUGCUAUGUUAUCUACCCCAACAAAUGCAUUACUAGUAGAAAGUAGGGAAAUGCCGUUAGAGCUACGUAGACAAUUCUUGUGCGACAAAUUUGUAUUAAAAAAUCUCUCAAUAGAAAAUUCGCGUUUCAUCGAAAAUGUAUGUGAGGUAGCAGUAGACACAAGAUUAAACAAUCAAAGUUGCAUAAGCAAACUAAGAAAUUUAACAAAAUCCACAACUUUGCAAGAGGUAAUUUACUAUGAAAUUUUGAAGUACAUCCAGCAAAUUCUGUGUAAAGGAGGUGAUGUUAAAAUUAUAUGGGUUAAAGCUCAUUCCGGCAUGGCAGGUAACGAAAUCGCGGAUAGAAUAGCGAAACAGGCAGCUGAUAAUGGAGAGGUCAUUAAUGAGGUCACGUUAAUUGAUUAUAUAAAUGCAUCUAAAAACAAUUGUAUGCAGCUGUGGCAAAAUGAAUGGGACAAUACAUCCUCAACCAUAGGUAACUACUACAAAAAUAUUAAUCCGUCUGUGGGCAACAAAAUAUGGCAACGGCUAUAUAAGGAUGAAAGAAGACAUGUUCUAGUGGAAUUAACCAGGCUAAGGUUUAAUCAUGGUAACUUUCCUGCCCACAUGUAUCGAUUAAAGCUGGCACCAUCAAAUAUAUGUGUCUGUGGAGAAGCAGUUGGGACUUCGCAACACCUUAUUCUUGAAUGCAUCAUAUAA